AUGGGACUUCGUGCAGCUAUCAAGAGGAAAAUCAAAAUCUUAGAGGUACACGGGGACUCAGCACUAGUCAUUUACCAAGUUCGUGGAGAUUGGGAAGUAAGAGAUUCAAAAUUAGUCAAAUAUCGCGAUCUCGUCACAGAGCUAAUCAAGGAAUUCUAUGAAGUGACUUUUAACUACUUUCCACGGGAAGAGAAUCAAUUGGCUGAUGCCCUAGCCACCUUGGCUUUGAUGUUCAAAGAAAACAGAGAAAAUGAAAUAAUGCCUAUCCAAAUGAGCAUAUAUGAGACCCCAGCACACUGUUUUAGCAUUGAGGAAGAGUCAGAUGGACGACCAUGGUUCCAUGAUAUCCUAGAGUACAUCAAGAAUCAAGCGUACCCUGAGCAAGUAAAUGAGAAUGACAAAAGAACAAUCAGAAGAAUGGCGAUUGGGUUUGUUCUUGACGGGGAUAUUCUAUACAAAAGAGGAAAAGAUCAAGUGCUCCUGAGGUGCGUGGACGCUGUUGAAGCUAGAAAGAUACUUUAG